AACAGUCUUUUUUUUCAAAUUCAAACGAAUUUCUCACCCUUUCCUAUAUAUAUCCUUCAUCUCUACUCAUUUUAACACACAUUUUCACAUCAAAAUCUCCUCUUUUACAUUAUUCUUCAUAUUUUUGCUUCAAUCAUGGCCGGAGGAAAGAGGACAAAGGUUUCCAAGAAGAAGGGCAACACUGAAGCUACGACCACAGCGCCCCCGCCGUUCCCCUACCUGGACGGAUCGUUUCUUGAGUUCGGGUCGGAGGAGGAACUCAAUCGGUUCCUCACACACUUUGCCAAGCGUCCCAUUUCUCCGCCUAGGGUGCUGCCCGAGUUGUACCCUCAACAAAAGGGGUACCAUGACCUCGACAAUCAGCUUCAAGCAUCGGGUCUGUGGUCGUUCGUCUCCAGGAGCUGCUCGAGCUUCAAUCCCGCCUUCGUCAGAGCCUUCUACUCCAAUCUCCGCCGUGACGGGGACACCAUUCGCAGCAGCAUCAAUCUCUACGUCAUAGAGAUUGAUUUACCUACCUUUGCUCGGGUCGCAGGGCUGCCCAUCCGCGGUGAUGACAUCGCAACUUAUGGUGGCGACGAUUGGAUCCUCAACAACGAGGCAGUCGUCAUUCGUGAGCUUGGGAUCACCAACUUGAUCCGCCACAGCGGCGCGCCGACGAUUCUCCGCCCCCGGGACAGCACCGGACAAGCGCCUCCUCCUCUACAUCAUCACCCGGAUUCUCCGCCCCCGGAUUAUCAAAAAGGGGGAAAUUGUUGGAACACGGGUUUACGCCUAUGUCGUACUAAGCCGUGUUCGUUUUAUGACAGGUUUUGAUAAUGCCAAACCGCCGUGACAAUAACAAGGUUAAACUAAG